UUAAAAUUAAAACUAAUUUAAAAGAAAUUUCCUUUUUCUCAAGUUGAUAAGAAUUUUAGUUUAAACCUGACAACGAAGUGUUCCAGAUGAAGAUCAAUCCUUCUCUUUUAAUCUUGGUUCUCAGCUGUGCUGCCCUCACUACAGCAAAAACAUUUUUAGUCGAGACAAAACCGGAAACAACAUAUAUGGAAUUAGAACCACUUUAUGGAGAAUCUUUAUCUAUUGGAGACCCUAACCCUGAAGAUAGAAAAAAAUCUAUGUCUUAUGAUAUAAAUGGACGCAUGCCCGACGCAACCAACGCUGAUGAUGCUUUUGAAGCUUCUGCUGAAGCUGUGCCUGCUGCAGCAGCUCCUGCUCCUGCUCCAGCUGCUCCUGCAGAUUCAUCUCCAAAUUAGUAUAGAUUAAUGUAAACAAUAAACCUAAAAAUUUAUAUACAAAUCAA